AUGGCCACCUCCGGUGUCGAGGUCCACCCAAUGUCGUUCUACACCAACUUCGGUGAGAUCAGAUUCGACGUCUGGGACACCGCCGGGCAGGAGAAAUUCGGCGGCCUGAGAGACGGUUACUACAUCAACGGCCAGUGUGGUAUCAUCAUGUUCGACGUCACCUCGAGAAUCACGUACAAAAACGUUCCAAACUGGCACAGAGACCUGGUCAGAGUGUGUGAGAACAUCCCUAUUGUCCUGUGCGGUAACAAGGUCGACGUCAAGGAGAGAAAGGUCAAGGCCAAGACCAUCACGUUCCACAGAAAGAAGAACCUGCAAUACUUUGACAUCUCUGCCAAGUCGAACUACAACUUCGAGAAGCCGUUCCUGUGGCUCGCCAGAAAGCUCGUCGGCAACUCCCAGCUCGAGUUCGUCGAGUCGCCGGCCCUGGCUCCUCCGGAGGUGUCUGUCGACGCCGACCUGAUGGCCAAGUACCAGGCCGAGAUGGACCAGGCUGCGGCCAUGCCGUUGCCUGACGAGGACGACGCCGACCUUUAA